CAAGAAAACGAUAAAUAUCUUUCGCACUUAACCCUAUAUAUAUGCCUCCUGCCAUUAUUUGCCCUCCGCGCAAGCUAAGAAACACGCACAACACACAGUAUAGCGAUUUCUCCCGAUCUUUCUCGCACCGGAGCUAUUCACAACCAUGUUGACAGUGAGCGUAAAGUGGCAAAAAGAGUUGUUCUCCAAUGUGGAAAUAGACACUACCCAGUCCCCAUAUGUUUUCAAGUGCCAGCUGUACGACCUAACCGGGGUUCCUCCUGAAAGACAAAAGAUUAUGGUCAAAGGUGGUUUAUUAAAGGAUGAUGCAGAUUGGUCAAAAGUUGGAGUGAAGGAGGGCCAGAAACUAAUGAUGAUGGGAACUGCAGAUGAGAUUGUAAAGGCCCCAGAAAAGGGCCCUCUUUUUGCAGAAGACAUGCCAGAAGAAGAACAAGUGGUUGCUGUUGGACAUUCUGCUGGUUUGAUAAAUCUAGGGAACACCUGUUAUAUGAACUCCACAGUACAAUGUUUGCAUUCAGUUCCAGAGUUGAAAUCUGCCUUGAUAAAGUACCCUCCUCCAGUGAGAAGCAGUGCUGUGGAUCAGUCAUCUCACUCAUUGACGGUGGCAACACGAGAAUUAUUUAAUGAUCUUGAUAAAAAUGUCAAGCCAGUGGCACCCAUGCGAUUUUUGACAGCAUUGCGGAGUAAGUAUCCUCAAUUUGCUCAGCUUCACAAUGGAAUUUACAUGCAACAGGAUGCUGAAGAGUGCUGGACACAACUUCUAUUUACCCUAUCAUUGUCUCUCAAAUCCCCGAGUUCCAGUGAAGAUGCUGAUACUGUAAAGAGACUUUUUGGGGUUGACCUAGUUAGCAGGGUCCACUGUGCUGAAAGUGGUGAAGAAAGUACAGAAACUGAGUCAGUUUAUUCACUUAAAUGCCAUAUUUCGCAAGAGGUCAACCAUCUUCAUGAAGGUUUAAGACGUGGUCUUAAAUCAGAAUUGGAGAAGUCCUCACCUUCGCUGGGACGUAGUGCUAUUUACACAAAAGAUUCUCGCAUAAAUGACUUACCAAGAUACUUGACUAUUCAAUUUGUACGUUUUUUCUGGAAAAGAGAAACAAAUCAGAAGGCCAAAAUUCUGCGGAAAGUGGACUAUCCAUUGGAGUUAGAUGUGUAUGAUCUUUGUUCAGAUGAUCUCCGCAAGAGAUUGGAAGCACCUCGACGGCUCCUGAGAGAUGAAGAAGGCAAAAAGCUUGGUCUGAAAACUAAUGAGGGUAGCUCGAGCUCAACGGAUAAUGAUGUCAAGAUGACUGAUGCUGAGGGAUCAUCAAACGGAAGUGGGAAUUCAUCUAAAUCUGCACCUGGAGAAGAAGAUGUUCCUCCUGAGAAAGAGAAGCACCUGACAGGAAUAUAUGAUUUAGUUGCGGUGCUCACGCACAAGGGCAGAAGUGCUGAUUCUGGGCAUUACGUUGCUUGGGUUAAACAAGAAAAUGGGAAAUGGAUUCAAUUUGAUGAUGAUAAUCCGAUUCCACAACGGGAGGAAGACAUCACUAGACUUUCUGGGGGCGGUGAUUGGCAUAUGGCUUAUAUUUGCAUGUACAAGGCUCGUGAUGUCUCCAUGUAGUGGUUCCUUUAGGUUGAUCGCAUAAUUUGUUGUUUACAUUGAAAAUAUUCCUGUUUUAAACAUAUGAUAGAGGUUUCUAUAUUCCCAACAGUCGUUUUGUUCUGUUGUGUAGAGAUUAAAUUAUUAUCCGAGUCCAGCUGUUUUCAACAAUCGAUGUGUGUAAAAACUCCUUUCUCUAAUUAUGUUCAAUGUAAUAGUUGAUUGAGAUCCAUUUACCUUUUUAUUAAUAGAAGAUUUUUGGCCGCAUA